CCACUUCGCCUUGCCCAAUCCUCAAUCCAAUACCCCACAAACAUCUUUUGCUUCAAAUCAGAAAACAGAGAGACAGAGAAAUUGCAGAGAGAGAGAGAGAGGGGGAGAGAGAGAGCCCCACUCGUCAAUGGGCUGCGCUUCAUCGAAACUGUUCAAGAAAGAAGAUAACAAUGGCGGCGGUGAAUACGUCAUCAACCACGUCGUCUCUCUCACUUCCAGCACUUACGGCGUUCUGAACCUCGAAAACGGCCAACAACCCAUCAAAGACGGCGUUGCGGAGAGCAAGAGGGCCGCGAUGAAAUCUUCGCCGCCCCGGGAAGAUCCGGAGGUUAUCAACGCCUGGGAACUCAUGGAGGGGCUCGAAGAAGGAAUACCCAUCUCGAAUCCGACGAAGAAGAGCCCGAAAUCGGGUGCGCUACUUCGGGGGUUUGCAGAUUUCGGUUCGAGGACCCCGUUCAAGUUGUUGAGUCAGAUCGGGUCGCCGAUGAAAUCGAAGCGAUUUGGAGGGAAGGAGAAUAAUAAAGAGAGAGUGGUGAAUGUUAAUGUGUUGGGUUAUAGCCCGAAACAGGUUCUGAAACCGAACAAUGGCGGCGAAAAUUCGUGUAAGAAGAUGUUGAAUUGGAGCCCUGGAGUAAAAGGGUCGCCCGUUGCGGCGAAAAGGCAGAGCUUUGGCAGUGAUUUAUCGCGACGGAGGAGUUUAAGUCCCCUGUUUGAUCCGGAACUCGUUGCAUCUUACGAGAAGGAAAUGUCUGAGGAGGAAGAGCACAUCAAGAGGAUGGUUCCACCGUCACCAAGGCCCCGUAAAUUAAGAAAUUCUUCGAAGGAUUCGGAGUCUAUGCUGCAAUUAUUUGAGAAAAAAUGCCCACCGGGCGGCGAGAAUGCAGUUGUUGUGUACACCACUACACUGAGAGGAAUUAGGAAGACUUUUGAGGAUUGCAACAAUUUGAGGUCCAUCGUGGAGUCACACCUAGUUCAUGUUCUCGAGCGUGAUAUAUCGAUGGAUUCUGGUUUUAAGGAGGAGAUAAGGAGGCUAAUGGGGACCAAGGAGGUUAAAGUUCCACUUGUAUUUGUGAAGGGGAGGCUGAUUGGCGGCGCCGACGAGGUGGUGAAGUUGGAGGAGGAAGGUAAGCUUGGGAUUCUGUUUGAUGGGAUUCCGAGGGCGGUCAUCGGAUGCCAAGGCUGUGCCGGAAUGAGAUUUGUGAUGUGCAUGGUUUGCAAUGGGAGCUGCAAAGUUUUGGAUAAGGUGCAAAAGAAGAUGGUGAAAUGCGGCGAGUGCAAUGAGAACGGUUUGAUUCACUGUCCACUUUGUUGCAGCUAAUUGUAAUUCCACUGACAGAUUUUGGUUUUUGGGUUUUCGGGUUUAUGAAAUCUUUGGUAUUCUGCCGGCAGAACGAAGAUUUUUGUUUUGAGUAGUGGGAUUCUAAAGUGUGUUUUAGGCCCCUUUUGCUGCUGGGUUUGUACUUAAAGAUUUUUUUUAACUUAAAAGACUGAUGUGAUUUUUCACACGCUCGUUUUAGAAGUUGA